CCCAAGCAAAACCAAAGGCCCGCUGGCAAGCUGGCGAAAAAAAAAACCAUAGCAAAUGACGGUCGACACGUUGGCAAAUAUCCCUUCCCCAUCGGUUCCUGGCGCGCCAGCGACUGUCAAAGAUGGAUGUUUUGUGUGUCAAAAGGUUGUAUACCCAAUGGACAAGCUGAAUGCAGAUGACAAGAUCUUUCACAAGACGUGUUUGCGAUGCGGCCACUGCAAAAAAGUCCUCUCGCUGGGCAACUAUGCUGCGCUGAACGGCAUCUUCUAUUGCAAACCACACUUUAAGCAAUUAUUUGCCUUGAAAGGCAACUAUUCGGAUGGAUUUAAAGCGUCCGAAGCCGCAGCGCAAAAGAUUGAUGACCAGCAGGAUACACCCAAAUCAUCUUCACCUUCAAAUUCAUCGCCACCACCGCAACCACAACAGCAGCAAAAAUCAUUGCCAUCUUCCACCUCAACGACGCCUGUGCUUGUCCGUAAAGCCUCCGUAGCUUCCCUUUCCUUGAAUACAAGCGAAGGCAUGGCAGGAAGGGGCUGUCAAGAUAACAUGACGUCACCUAGACAGCUGCGUAGGUCACCAUCAAUGGCUCUCGCCGAACGUAUGGCCGCGUUUACUGUUCAAGAUGAACCUGUUGUGAGCAAACAAGUUGUAUCGCCGUCAGAGGCUCCAAAAGGAGUCGUUGGGGACAAAAUAUCUAUUUACGGGAAUCUAACCGCCUCCAGCGAGAAGCUGACGGUCGCCGAAUCGACAGCUAUCAAGCUCAAAGACGAAGAGAUUGAGCAACUUCAUCGUGAUCUUGAACAGCAGCGGAAUCACUCUGUGGCGUUGGAAAAGGAAAUCGUAAGGCUCAAGGCCCUGUUGCAAGAAAAGGAGCAAGUGAUCACAACCUUGCAGCAGCAAAAUUAGUUGCAUUUUUCGUCGACCGAAUCUACUGAACAUUUUUGGUUAUUGGGGUUUUCGCUCACCGUCGUGCAAGCUAGAUAGAAUUUCUAGAUUUUUUGGAAAUUUUAUAGAUUAUUGGUGUAUGAAAAAGAAGAUAUAGAGUCUACGAUUGUGUUUUUAUUACAAAGCUGCCCGGCUGGAGAUUUCAAUCUUUUCAUUUGACAUACAAUAGCACGAAUAGGGUGACAACGAGGACUGUCGAACUGUAUAAUGAUGAUUAUGUAUGAUACUAUCGUAACUUGUCUACAUGUCUAAACUCGGCACCUUGUUGCCUCCCUCCAUCCAACGACAACAAUCGGUAUCAAUCCUCCAGGACGGACACUAAACGCUCGAUGUCCCGUCACCCUCAAACUCGCCUCAAUAAUCCCACCAUGACACACAAUUCCAACAAACAAAUGUUCCCUAUCCAUAAAAAUCCCAUCGAAAACCCUUUGAACUCGCUCAUCCACAUGUUGAUCCUCUUCCCUCUCAUCCGGCUUCCACAAGGUAUCCUCAUCACUCACCAACCCACUGAAAUCAAAUUCCGGCCAUAAACCCUCCAACUCGGUCCGACUCCGCCGUUUAUCACACGUAUGCUCUCCAUACGAUUCCCGAAGAUCUUCCAACACCCGCGGAUGAUACCCCUCUACCAAACUCCCCCAAAUAAGUCGCGUGGUAUUCAAACACCUUGAGAGCGGGGACGAGAGAAUAAGGGAUGGAAGGGGUAACCCAUCGCCAAGUUCACCCUUGAUGAGAUCAGUGUUGCCGUGGAGUUGGGAAAUACCUAAUGGUGUCAGAGGGGCGUCAAAAUACUCUGGAAGGCGGGAAUAGUAGUCGUCCCAUGCGAUUUUUCCGUAUUUUUCUUCAGCGGCAUUGUGGAUUCCCCUAUUAAGACGAUUGUGUGUGUUUUGUUCUAGACUUGUCCAGAGGUUUACUGGCAAUUCAUACAAAACAAAAACUUACUGUCCAUGCCUCUGUAACAACAGAACCUUGACAACGCCCUUGUCUCCAAUCUCUUCUUGAACGCGUUCGAGUUUCUCAACAAACCUCUCCCAACGGCCCUGUUCGGUAUCAAUCAGUCCCAGAUGGGGUGGAACUAAGGGAAAGGACGAGUCGUUCGUAUCAGGGCGGCUUUGGACAAAGAAUCCAUCUAAAAUUGUGUAUCGCAGAGGAGUUGAUUGGAGGUGUAUGGGCAUUUGGGGCGAUAGCGGCAUAGAUUGAAUAGCGUGGAUGAUCGAAAUUAACGUCCAGAGGAUGAGAUACGACAUGUUUUCUAAAGUUCCUAAAAUAUCUUUCCCAACG